GUCAUUCCGUGGCGGUGGGCCGGGUGGCGGAGGAGCAGGGGGGCGGGUUCGGCGGGCCUCUGGAUCACUACAGCGGAUUAAUCCGAGCUGGGACCCUGCGGGAGGACGAGCACCAGAGAGAGGUUCUGCAGAAACUGGACCAGCUUCACCGAACCCUGAGAGGAUACAGCAACACACCCACAUCCCUCUUCUCCAGGUUUUUCACCAAACCGAUGCCUCCUAAAGGAUGUUACAUCUACGGUGACGUUGGGACAGGGAAGACCAUGGUGAUGGACAUGUUUUAUUCUCAUGUGGAGACAGAGAAGAAGAAGAGGGUUCACUUCCAUGGCUUCAUGCUGGAUGUUCAUCAACGGAUCCAUCGGCUGAAGCAGAGCAUGCCCAAAAGGAAGGCAGGAAAAAUGGCCAAAUCUUAUGAUCCCAUAGCUCCAGUAGCUGAGGAGAUCAGCGAGGAGGCCUGUCUGCUGUGCUUUGAUGAGUUUCAGGUGACUGAUAUUGCUGAUGCCAUGAUUCUAAAGCAGCUUUUUGAGAAUCUGUUUCUGAACGGUGUUGUUGUCGUGGCAACCUCAAAUCGUCCCCCUGAAGACUUGUAUAAAAACGGACUGCAGAGAGUCAACUUCGUGCCUUUCAUUGCAGUGUUACAGAAAUAUUGCCAAACUCUUCGCCUGGACUCUGGGAUUGACUACCGCAAACAAAAUCGACCCUCAGCUGGAAAACUCUAUUUUCUCUCCAGUGAGCCUGACGUUGAAGCAACACUAGAUAAGAUGUUUGACCAGUUGGCUUUUAAGCAGAAUGACAUAACACGACCGCGGGUUUUAAAUGUUCACAAUCGUAAAGUGCGCCUGAGGAAAGCAUGUGGGACCAUUGCCGACUGUACGUUUGAGGAGCUGUGUGACAGACCUUUAGGGGCCAGUGAUUACCUGGAAAUGUGCCGUCUGUUUGACACAGUUUUUAUCAGACACAUUCCUCUGCUGACGCUGAACAAGAAGACACAGGCCAGGCGCCUCAUAACGCUGGUGGAUACCCUGUACGAGCACAAGGUGCGCCUGGUGAUUCUUGCAGAUCAGCCACUGGAGAAUAUUUUUGUACACGACAUGGAUCACUGUCAGGAUGAGAGCCACGUUCUAAUGGAUGACCUGGGGCUGAAAAGGGAGGAGGCCAGCAGCCUGUCCAUCUUCAGUGGUGAAGAAGAGAAGUUUGCCUUCCAGAGGACAGUUUCCCGCCUCACAGAGAUGCAGACAGAAGAUUAUUGGUUGGAGGGAGACAGAAGUUUAAAACAAGAGUUAUUUUAAAUGAACCUUAGGGUCUUGCUCAGGUCCAAGUUUUUAUUUUCCUGGAAAAGCGCUGGACAAGUUUUGGAAAAAGACCAUCAAUGAAGAUUUAAGAAGCCUCUUUAUCUAUUUUUAUGCAUUUGAAAAAUAAAAAAUGAAUUAACUUA